GAGUUGGUCUGAGGAGUUUGGUGGGUGAUAGAGGGAAGUUGGUUGGUUGGUGGGCCGGGUGUAAAGUGAAAGCGGGGAAAGGAGGUCAAUCAAUGAGGAACUACUACGGCUGCUAAAGGAGAAAGAGGAGGAAAGCAUCCAGGUCCACAGCCAGUCGACUCCUACAGUCUCCCAGCACAUACAUUCCUCGCUGUUGCUGGGUGCAGUUUUCUACACGGGCUGACAUUGAACUUGCACUAUUUCAAUCGUUUCGAGGAGGAGUGGUGGUUCAGCCCACCCACAAAUCCAUGUGGUGUGAUGGACCUUCUCAUCCUCACCUUUGGAAGACUGUGACGUGGACGUGACCGUGUGGUCUUUUUUACGUCCAGUUCCAUCAGACCGAAGUUACGCAGAAGGGAGAUUAAGCAGACACCCGGAAGAACUCACGGUUUGGACAUGUGAGCAGGAGGGAGUCGAAAGCAGUGAUCUCGUCCGCAGUUGCCUGCUCAACCAAGCACAAAGUCCACCGCGAAAUAUCUGCCUAAAACCAAUUUUAGUCGACAUAAUGGGAAUUGGUGACGGUGGGAAAAAAGAGAUAGGUGCGACGGACGGGGGUGAAGACUUCGGAUCUCGGUCUCUCCCUUCCUCCCCAGCUCUCCCGAACCCUGCAAGACUUGCCGACUCUAGCGAGAUACGUGACUUUGACUUCUAUGCCAAUGAAGACCUCAACAUCAUUCUAGAGGAGAACAACGGCGAGGCAGGAAACCAGGGUGGCAGUGCAGGUGCUCCUCUUGGUGGUGGUCAAACAGCUCCCAUCAAAAUGCCCUUUCCCAGUCGGAGAAGGCACUUGAGCAGUGGGGGCAGCAUCCAGACCGACAAACCCUUCUGGGCCAGGAACAGCUUCUCCGCCGACGCCGACGCCGUUUGUGGCUUCGUUCAACUCUACGUGCUGUCAGACGCUAAUGGAGAGAAGAGUAUUUCAGGAGAGCGGAAUUGGAACGAAAUUUCCCGAUGGGUGAAAUACGAGCAGGACCUCGAGGAAGGCAGUGAUCGGCUCGGAAAGCCUCACAUCGCUCCCCUCGCACAUCACUAUCUCACAAAAUUACAUCGACUUAUUGGGAAAAGCUGCACGGAACUGUUUGAUUUGGAUGAGACGGAUAUGCAAAGUAUUGUUGCCAAGGUUGUGGAAACCCUUUUGAACAAGGGCUACGUGGACAAGGAGGAGGGUGAAGGGUUGAUAAAAGACCUUCUGCUCAGCCAUCGACCAGUUUGUGACAAGAAACCCUGGUUGACAGCGCGACGUCCUUCCCUUCAGAGAGGUAUGUCUUUCAGCGACAACAUUCCAAACUCGGCAGAACGGCGACACAGUUUGCAACGUCGCGUCGUGCGUCAGGAGUCUGCGGAAGAGCAGUACAGCAAAUCCUUGUCUCCCUCGGAUCACGUUCAAGUUGAGGUAUGCGAAACUCCACCCGGAAGAGGUGAAAGGCGGAGAAGGGGGACGCUUUCUAGCCUGGUUCGGUUUUUUUCGACGGAAAACGUUGACGAGGACGGCGGAGAUCAGCCCUUCCUCCCGUUCUCACUCCAAGCCGAGUCCACCUUGAUAUUUGUCCGGGGAGGGUACAAGAGGAGGAACGGGAGCAUCAUCCUCGUCCGAUUAGCAAACGCCGUGGUUUUGGACAGUGACCAGCAGUUUCCAAUUCCGACGCGUUUCAUUGCGAUAAUCCUGUGUCCCGUGGGAGGAGACGAGGACUUUAUUGAAGUGGGAAAAUCCUUUGGGACUCUCAUGUCCAACACUAGGUUCUACCAAAACCUUCAGACGGCCCAAGACCCUAUUCACGUGCAAAAAGCAGUCAACGAAUUUCUGGACGAAUCCAUCAUUCUUCCUCCGGGGAAGUGGUACGGACAAAACUUUUACGACCUCCUCCCCGUACACGUUCUCGAAGUGAAAUGCGAUCUUAUUUAUCGCCAAAGAGCGAAAGAAGGGUCCCAAGUACUUCAUCGAGUGGGAACUUCCGUCGCUGACGGUUUUGGAGUUGCUCCAUUUGACACAGCGCCGCCAUGUAAAUCAGCUGAGAAGGUUCCGGGUCCAUUUGUGUGGACGCGUCGACCGUUCGGAGGACUGAUCAAUGACAUCAAGAGGAGAUUUCCACUGUACAAGUCGGAUAUAUGUGAUGGUCUCAACUCGCAAACGGUCGCUGCCACAAUCUUUCUCUACUUUGCAGCCAUUGCUCACAACGUAACGUUUGGAGGGCUACUCGGCCAAAAGACAAAUGGAUUGAUCGGAGUACCUGAAACGUUAGUCGCUGCUGCACUCAGUGGAAUUGUAUUCGCUCUCUUUUCAGGACAGCCCUUGAAUGUCAUCGCGCCGACUGGACCUCUGCUUGUGUUUGACGAGUUGUUGUACAAAUUCAUGGAACGGAACGACAUUGAGUUUCUGCCGGCCAGGGUGUGGAUCGGAGUCUGGGUCGUCGUCAUAGCUUUGAUCGUCGUCGGCUUCGAGGGGAGCAUUUUCACAAAGCAUUUUUCUCGCUUCACAAUGGAAACGUUUUCUGCACUCAUCUCCGUCAUCUUUGCGUACGAGAGUCUCGAGAGCCUUAUCCAUGUCUAUAAGGAUCAUCCCUUGUCGAAACCCAGCAUGACGGAUUUCGAAAUAUCACUGAACAAUGGGACUUCCCCCGCGUCUGGUGAGGAUGACGCCCCGUUGCGUGAACCAAAUACAGCUUUGUUGUCAACAUUCCUCAUGUUUGGCACCUUCUACGUCGCUUUUCAAUUGAAACAUUUGCGUUACUCAAACCUCUUCGCUCCAAAGGUUCGAAUCACUUUGAGCGACUUUGCCGUUCCGAUUUCAAUCAUGAUUAUGGUUGGGAUUGACUUUGGGAUUGGGGACGUGUUCACGACCAAGAUAAAGGUGCCCACGGGUCUCGAGCCAACGACACCCUCCCUCCGCGGAUGGAUUAUAUCGCCAUUCGGCGUUUGGAAGCCGUACAAUCCUUGGAUGCCAGUGAUCACUAUUUUGCCAGGAGCACUCGUCUUCUUGCUCAUGUUCAUGACAGUCGAGAUUUGCGAAAAAAUAAUGCUGGGGAGGGAGCUGCAAAAAGGUUGCGGACUUCAUUUGGAUCCUUUAAUUCUUGCUGUGACAAAUCUACUCUGCGGAGUCUUUGGCUUUCCUUGGGUCUCGGUUGCUACUUUGAAGGCGCUUGCCCAUAUAUCUGCUCUGACGGUUUAUUCAAAGAAUCAACCCCCUGGCAUUCUCCCCACGGUCGUUAAAAUCAGAGAAAACCGCAUGUCUGGCCUGGUGAUGAGCAUUAUGAUCGGCUUGUCAAUCUUCAUGGCUCCCGUUCUGAAACGCAUCCCGAUGCCAGUUUUAUUUGGAGUUUUUCUGUACAUGGGAAUCACGUCCUUCAUCCCCACUCAACUCUAUGACCGACUGCUCCUCUUCCUGACGCCCGUUGAUGCUCAUCCACAAACAAUAUAUGUCAGAAGGGUGCCGACGUGGAAAAUCCACAUGUACACUUCGAUCCAGAUCCUGUCUCUCGCAGCAUUGUGGUGUGUCAAAUCAGUGAAGCAGAUCGCCCUGUUCUUUCCUCUGAUCCUCAUCCUCUUGGUCCCCAUUCGACGCAGCUUGACGCUCUUUUACAGUGAGAGCGAGUUGGAAGCGUUGGAUGGGGAAGCAGCUCCCCCUGUAAUUCAAGCUCCCCCAGCAAAGGCUCCCAGUGAAGGCAGGGAGGUGGCAAUCACCAAAUGAGACUAAUACAUGCCCACCCCCCACUGGCAAAUAUGCAUUGCCAGUGACGAAACAAUUCUCACAUAUUAUUGACGACGACGAAUUCUGCAUACUCAACAAUAAAUAGUGUCCACCAAGGGUUGCAUAGUUUGUGAGCUGCAUUGUGUACAUGGUAUUUGUAGCGAAUAGUUUUAAAGUUGGCCUAGAAUAUUCCGUCAGUUUAUAUAUUCAUGAUGACGACGAUAACUUAUUAUUAACUUAUUAAAUCUGUAUUCUUCAUCCUCUUGAAACCAGUUACCUGUUCUUGACAAAUAGUAAAAAAAAGUAUUGUACUUAACUUCUGCUCCAUCGAUCACCGAUUUUAUUAAAGAAUGGCAAUAAAGGUUGUGUUGUUUAUAGCG